UCCUUGUUCGCUCUAAAGGACGAUAAUACCCUUGUUCGGUAACAGCUGGUAGUACUCCCUAAAAUCAGUGGUCACUGGGAAAAGCUAAGAAAGAAUAUAACAAAAUGGGAAAGACAUGAUUUGAACCAGAACUGCUGCCCACGUUGAGUUCAGUCAUGGAGGGAAAGUUUUGACAGGUUCUCUCUCUCUACAAUUCUUCUUUUUUGUUCGGAUUAAAGGGAAAAAUAAAGGAAUUAGUGGGUUAACGCUUUUAGGCUGGAUUCUGAAACUGCCAACCCCACCUCCCAACGCCGACCGAAAACCAUUAUUAUUACAACAAAAAGGUUAGAAGAUGGAGAUUGGAGAAGGGCGAAAGAAAAGCUCAGAGCCGCUGUUCUGCGGUUUUAAUCUCAAAGUGGCUGGUUAUCCCUUUAAGAUCCCAAAACUGGCGGCAAUUCCACGGUUUCCACCAAACUCUUUCUCCAUGGAAUCAUCUAAUCGUCAUCGUCUGUUCAACAGGCAGAGGACUGUGCAUCAGAUCCUCGGAGAAGGCUACGUUGCCGAUGUAAUGCUCUGGAGGCGGAGAAAUGUAACUCUGGGGAUACUCUUUGUAACUCUUUUUGCUUGGGUGGUUUUCGAGAAAUCUGGUUAUACACUUCUCUCUCUUGUAUCCAAUGUCCUCCUGCUCCUUGUUGCCAUUCUUUUUGUAUGGGCAAAAUCUGCUGCUAUUCUUAACAGGCCACCUCCACCUUUACCAGAACUACAUCUCUCAGAAGAAAUGGUAAUUCAAUCGGCAACUUUUAUUCGCAUCAGAGUGAAUGCAUUGCUCUCUGUUUCACAGGAUAUUGCCCUGGGAAAAGACUCAAAGUUGUUUCUCAAAGUAGCUGCUUACCUUUGGCUGAUCUCAGUUAUUGGUGGUUUGACUGAUUUUCUUACUCUUGGCUACACCACCCUUGUUGUUGUUCUUACAGUUCCUGCUUUGUAUGAGAGGUAUGAGGAUCAAGUCGACAGAUAUGUGUUGAUGGGUUACAGGGAAUUGCAGAGACUGUAUGUGAAAUUAGAUGUUGAGUUUCUCGGAAAGGUCAGAAAAUUGAUUUUGGAGAGGAGGAAACUAAGCUAAUCAGUUUCUUCCUGUAAAAUUGAAUGUUCGAUGCACGUUGAUGUGUUCGAGUGUUUUUCCCCUUUUUCUUUGCUUUCUUUAUUUUAUCUCAGUUUUCAUGCCAUGGCUCAGAGAUUUUGACGAAGCAAUGGCAGUAGUUCUUGGUCUUAGUUUGUGAAUUGUGUGCGUUGGGAUUUAGAGAUGCGGCCUAGAUUGUUCUUUUGAAUUUUGCUGAUACACAUACAAAUUGUAGAACCUAAAUCCAAAGAACAAACUUUUAUUUUUUAUUUUUUAUUUUUUAUUUUUUGGUGAGAACAAACGUAAAGUGGGAAAGAGGAAAAGACGACUAGAUUUUAUUAUAUGAAGGGUUCAUAAAUUUCACAUUUCUUUUG